GUAAUAGCCGCGGCUGUAGUGCGAUUCUGUAACUCGUUAUGCCGUCGUUAAGUGCUCAUAACGACAAUUGUCGGUUCGUUAUAUAACGCUAUAACGCUAUAACGACAAAUGCGAUUCUGUAGUGCGAUUCUGUAACUCGUUAUGCCGUCGUUAUGUGCUCAUAACGACAAUUGUCGGUUCGUUAUAUAACGCUAUAACGCUAUAACGACAAAUGCGAUUCUGUACGCGAGUGGUAACGACUGUUGUCGCUAUUCGUAACGAAAAACGUCGGUAAGAUGUCGUUAUGUGUCGCUAUCGUAACGCAUGGUUCGAUACCCCUCGGUAACGCGUAACGACUACGUAAUGAUAGUAGGUUAGAGGUUAGAAGUGUUUAGAAGCGUUUGGAAGCGUCGAAGUGGUUAAAGUGUGUUCAGAGUUUUGAAAAGGUCUCCACGUGUACAUCGUAAACGUAUAUUAAAAGAAAAACAUUCAAGGAAGUCGAGAACAUGGCCCUUGAGUAUUUGGCAUGGGAACUGGCAUUUGUGGUUGAAAGGGUGCGUCGAAGAGAACGGCGUGUGGAAAGAAGGCGGCUGAGAGAUGCUCAGAACCCUUUUCAUCUUCCACGAGAUGAAUUCAUUGACUGUUUUCGCCUUACUCCAGAACUUGUAAUCGACAUUACAACUGCAUUAAGGGCCGAUUUACAGAAUGAACGACUUACCGGCUUAGUGCCAGAAAUCAAGGUGUUGAUAGCCAUACAGUUUUACGCCCAAGGCAGCUAUCAAAGAAGCGUCGGCAAUCAAUUUCAUUUUAAUGUUAGCCAGCCAACAAUAAGCCGUUGCCUCCAUGCCGUGACUGAAGCGAUCAAUCGGCGCUUGCUACGUAGAUGGGUAAAAUUUCCGAUGACCGAAGAAGAUCGACAGCAAGCGCGUGAAAAAUUCUCCACUGCUGCGUACCCAUUCGAAGGAGCUAUCGGUGCUAUAGACUGUACUUUUAUUCAUAUUUUAGCCCCUCACGAACAUGAAGAGGCAUUCAUUAAUCAUCAUGGGCGUCAUUCUUUGAACGUGCAAGCAAUUGUUGACCCAGAUAUGAAGUUGCUCAACAUCAAUCCGAGAUAUCCAGGUGCACGAAACGACUCGUACAUCUGGAGCACAUCGCCAAUUCGUAGAGCAAUGGAAUUUCAUUACAAUCGAGGAGAACGGAAAACUUGGCUGAUCGGCGAUGCUGGAUACCCUUUGGAACCGUGGCUCAUGACACCCUUGGCCGAUUUUCCUGAAGACACACGACAAUUCCAAUACACGCAGCAGCUUUGCAAGGCAAGAAAUGUUGUUGAACGUUUCUUUGGUGUCUUCAAAUCUGUAUGGAGAUGUCUUUCCUAUCAGCGUGUGCUGAUGUAUAAGCCAGCAUUUGCUGCAAAAAUAGUAAAUGCAUGUGCAGUACUGCAUAAUAUAAGAAUUCAACACCGUUUGCAAUUUGAAGAAUUCCAAGCACCAAUAGUUGUUGAUAAUCAACAUGAAAAUGUUGGACUCAUUGAUGUCAACGAAGAUCUAGCUCGAAGAGGGCCACGCGCUUUGGCUCAAAGAAUUCAAUGCCAAAUUAUGAGAGAAAGAUUUCCCAAUUAUCGCGAUGCACAAGGUGAAGAGCGUGCUGAAGAUGAUUAA